AUGCAGAUCGUGCAGCAGCAGCAGCAGCAGCAGCAGCAGCAGCAGCAGCAGCAGGAACAGCUGCUGGUGCUGCUAAUGCAGCAGCAACCGCACCAGCAGCAGCAGCAGCAGCUGAUGGUGCUGAUGAUGGUGCUGCUGCUGCCACUACAGCAACUGCAGCAGCAGCAGCAGCAGGAGCAGCAACAGCAGCAACAGCAGGGAGCAGCAAGCAGCAUAGCAGCAGCAGCAGCAGCAAUAUGCACAUGCAGCAGCAGGAGCAGCAGCAGCAGCAGCAGCAGCAGCCACAGUAUGCUUCUAAAGCAGCAACAUCAGCUGCUAAUGCAGCAGCAACAGCACCAGCAGCAGCAGCAGCAGCAGCAGCUGAUGGUGCUGAUGAUGGUGCUGCUGCUGCCACUACAGCAACUGCAGCAGCAGCAGCAGAAGCAGCAACAGCAGCAACAGAAGGGAGCAGCAAGCAGCAUAGCAGCAGCAGCAGCAGCAAUAUGCACAUGCAGCAGCAGCAGCAGCAGCAGCAGCAGCAGCAGCAGCAGCCACAGUAUGCUUCUAAAGCAGCAACAUCCUCUGCAGCAGCAGUAG